AUCCGUACACUUUUGCAUCCUUUUGGCAUCCAGCAAGUGGGGGGGAGACACAGACACUUGCUGGGUUGCAUGUGUACCAUCCUUCACCCACUCCCUUUGUAUCUCUCUCUGUCUCUUUGUUCCUGAAGAAAUAAAGAGAAAAAGGAAAGUUCUUUUCCAGUAAGUUAGGUUAGAUUGAUGGCAGAAACAUGGCAUUAAGCUUAUAGAGGGAGGAAAAUGUUGUCUUCUGUUUUGGUCAUAAAAGAGACUGAAAGAAGUUUAAUCAUGGUAAAUUAUGAGAAGCCAACCAGCACCCUGUAAAUUAAGUUCACCAUGUCAAGGCAAGCUCGCCUUCCUCCACGCUGCCCAAUCCAGAAGAAACCCAUUGCUAGCAUUAAUGACUCUGUCUUUCAGUCCCUGCACAUCGAUGAAUCAUAUCCGCCGCACCAUAACUCUUCCUACCAAAGCUCCGUCCCGGAGGAGCCGCCAACAUGGCUUGAUGACUUAUUAAGUGACCAAGACUCCAUUGCCAAAGGAAUGUACCAUCGUCGAUCAGUUAGCGACUCUAUUGCACUUUUGGAUGCUCUUGCAGACACGCUUCCAAGUCUGGCUCUGCAUAAAGAUGAUGAGAACUCAGUUGUUAAUGAGACUUGUAAUGGGUUGGAUUCAGCUUGUACCUAUGGUCCUAAUUCCCCUAGGAAAAAAAGCAAUUUAACAUUUGUAGAGAAUGCCAUAGUUUCAGCAUUGUCUGAAUCUGUUUCUCAGGACCCUACACAUUAUGUAGAUGGGAAUCUUCGCAUUUCUGCAACUACUCACGCUGAUUGGAAAGGAGACAAUUGUAAUUCAGUUGGUGAUCUCAACACUGAGAAAAAGGCUGUAAAAGGGCAUUCUGGGCAGCGAUCAAGGGUUCGUAAACUCCAGUAUAUUGCUGAACUGGAAAGAACUGUAGAUGUUUUGCAGACUUUGGAAUCAGGAUUGGCAGUCAGAGUCGCUGCUCUUCUUCAGCAACGUGUAUCUCUGUCCAUGGAAAACAGCAAAUUAAAGCAGGAGAUUGCAAGACUGCAGCAACAAAAAUUAAUAAUGGAGCGUCAAUAUCUGUCUCUGAAGAAGCAACUUGAGAGAUUGAAGAUUUGUUUUGCAAAAUCCCCAAAUAGCAAGAGUAGCACAUAUGUUGGGUCUAGUCCGGCUGCCGACGCAACUAGAGUAGAGGCUACUUGGCAGAUGUUAGAUAUGGAAAAACUUAACAUUAGUUGAGACUGAAAUGCUGAAUCAUGGUUUUUAUGUUGAUUCUCUGAAAGCUGCGGCUCUUUUGCUUCAUCUGCAUUGUGUUUGAAGUGGAUGCAGCCAAAGCUAGAGCAUGUUAUUGAUAGCCAUUUCUUUCAGUCCACUUAUGAACUGUUGUCUUUAGAUGUCCUGUAGUACUUUAUGUUCUAGUGACUAGGCUUUAUCAUAAAGUGGAAUGUGACACGAGCUUCUGUGUUUAUCUAUGAAACCGUACAAAUUAUAAUGGAGAAUGCACCAGAGCAUUUGCAUUCUAUUUUAUC